CCUGCACGUCCAGACGCCGCUGCAAGCUGCACCUCGCCGUCGUCAACGAAGGAAGCAAGUGCUGCGCCAACGAGCAGCAGCCACCGCCGCCAACGAGCGAGCAUCAAUCUGCAACACACGCCAGCCGAGGGCUCCAUCGCCAACACUCGUCUCGCCGCCAAGCCGUUCAGCCUCAACACGAUGUUGAUCUUCCCUGCGGCUACGACUCUUGGUGAGUUUUGAGGUCUUGUGCUGUAUCCACAAGAGAAAAUAAUGUCUAUUAAUAUCUGGAUUCGCCACCGGCAGCCAGGUAGUAGCAGGAGAGCGCGGGGUGGAGUGAUAGAGUAGAAGACCAGUGGUGGCAUACAGAAAGAAAGACUAGUGAUAUUAGAGAAGGAUGGUAACGUGGAACCUUGAUCUUAUCGUGGGCCUAGCGAUGAACCCGACCUGACUCGACAAAAGCACCAAGUCGGCCAUAAUGUCCAUACGCGAAGCCGACUAGAUAGCCAGCCCAGCCCACCAGAUUGUUCUGGCCGAGACAAGUGAGCCCACACAACAGAUGGUGGCCCAUUCAAGAUUACGUUGGAUUGGUUUGGUCCCCUCGUUCGACGGCACAUUCCAGAGCCCGGUUUGCUCCCGACUCACCAUAGCCCAUAGCCAUAGGAGAAGAAAAGGAAGACCUACCCUUCUCCUUCCCCACCCCGGCGGCUCCAACUCGAUUCUUCACCUCGCGCCCUCUUCAGCUAUUUCCGUGUUUCGGAUGAUUUCGAAUCGAAAACGAGAGCGCGCGACAGGGCGGGACAGAUAGAUCUAGAGGAGGAACAAGCACACAAACACUCCCGCACACAGAGACGGGCGGGCAAACUGAGUUCGGCCAGCUGCGGCCUUCGUGCCCUCCGUACCGGUGUCAUGGGGAUGGUGUCGCUGAAUCGCCUCAUGUUCAAGCACAAGGAGCGGAGGCGUCGCAGGCGAGUCCGCAAUGGAUUGAUUACUUCAGUGUCACAAGAAAAUGAAUCACUCUGCCAAGAAAUUGAUCAAUCUCAGAGUGGUGAAAUGUCGAGAUAUUCAGGGCCAGACCUUCCUGAGGAUAUCUGGUGCCAUAUACAUUCCCUGUUGCCACUCCGAGAUUCUGCCCGUUCUGCUUGUGUAUCUUACACAUUUCUACAUUCUUGGAGGCGCUACCCCAAGCUCACAUUCACUGAGGAAGCACUGGGCUUGAAACAAAUGGAAGGCCAAAAGACAGGAGUGGAUUUCACUAACAGAGUUGACCACAUUCUGAAAAAUCACUCUGGCACUGGCGUGAAGAUACUCAAGCUUGCAGUCCCUCUUUAUCGCAAUGUCAGCAGCUGUCAUCUCACUAGUUGGCUCCAGAAUGCUAUCACACCAGGGAUUGAAGAAGGGAUGAGUUAG